GCGCCCUCCCCACCUCCCCCGCCUCGCUCCCUGAGGGGCGGCACCGUGACCCCCCCAGAGCCAUGUUGGGGGGGGCAGCGCCGCAUCCCAUGGUGCAGCGCGCCGGGAGGGCGGGGAGAGAGGGACGGAGGGAGGGAGGGGAGGAGGAGGGAGGCGGCACUGCCCGCGCAGACCCUCCGGAGCCUUCUCCUCCUCUUCGUCCUCCUCCUCCUCCACCGCGGCUUGUCUUCGCCGCUGCGCUGGAGGCGGCCGUGCCCGCAGCGCGAUUUCAUGUUUCAUCCUGUAUUGAGCACCUGCUGCUGAGAGCUGGAAAGUCUACUUAGGAUAUUUCAAGACUUCCCUUGCCAGCAGGUGUGCCUGAUUUUCUCCACCAUGAAGAUGUCAAACCAGUCAUCCCCUGUCUCCUUUGCCUCCCCUGCCAUGAAGAGGAUGUGCUCACUCUGAAUAUGACCGAUACCUAGCAUCUAGCAAAACCAUGGCAGCAGCUUACCUUGACCCAAACUUGAAUCACACCCCAAGUUCAGGUGCAAAGACUCACCUCAGUACUGGGAUGGAACGUUCCCCAGGGGCCAUGGAACGCGUCCUGAAGGUUUUCCACUACUUUGAAAACAGCAGCGAGCCGACCACGUGGGCCAGCAUUAUCCGGCACGGAGACGCUACUGAUGUCCGAGGCAUAAUUCAGAAGAUCGUGGACUGUCACAAAGUGAAGAAUGUGGCCUGCUAUGGGUUACGGCUCAGUCACCUGCAGUCUGAGGAAGUUCACUGGCUACACCUGGACAUGGGGGUGUCCAAUGUGAGAGAGAAAUUUGAACUAGCCCACCCUCCAGAAGAAUGGAAAUAUGAAUUGAGAAUUCGGUAUUUGCCAAAAGGAUUUCUAAACCAGUUCACUGAGGACAAACCAACUCUAAAUUUUUUCUAUCAGCAGGUGAAAAAUGACUAUAUGUUAGAAAUAGCAGAUCAAGUGGACCAGGAAAUUGCUUUGAAACUAGGUUGCCUUGAAAUCCGGAGAUCCUACGGAGAGAUGAGAGGCAAUGCAUUAGAAAAGAAGUCCAACUAUGAAGUGUUAGAGAAAGAUGUUGGUUUGAGACGGUUUUUCCCGAAGAGUUUACUAGAUUCAGUGAAGGCCAAAACACUACGGAAAUUAAUCCAGCAAACAUUUCGACAAUUUGCCAACCUCAAUAGAGAAGAAAGCAUUUUGAAGUUCUUUGAGAUCCUCUCUCCAGUGUACAGAUUUGACAAGGAAUGCUUCAAGUGUGCUCUUGGUUCAAGCUGGAUUAUUUCAGUGGAACUGGCAAUUGGCCCAGAAGAAGGAAUCAGUUACCUGACAGACAAGGGUGCAAAUCCAACCCAUCUAGCAGAUUUCAAUCAAGUGCAAACCAUUCAGUAUUCAAACAGUGAAGAUAAGGACAGAAAAGGGAUGCUGCAACUCAAGAUAGCUGGUGCCCCUGAGCCUCUGACAGUGACAGCACCGUCCUUAACCAUUGCAGAGAACAUGGCAGACCUGAUCGACGGCUACUGCCGCCUGGUCAACGGGGCCACGCAGUCCUUCAUCAUCAGGCCUCAGAAAGAAGGUGAAAGAGCUUUACCAUCAAUACCAAAGCUGGCCAACAAUGAGAAGCAAGGAGUGAGGUCUCACACAGUCUCUGUGUCAGGAGUCAAUCACUGUCAGCAUAAAGUAAAGAAAGCUAGACGCUUUCUGCCUUUCGUCUUCUGUGCCCAUGAGUCGCCGCCCAAGGAUGAAAUUAGUGGGGACGAGACUGAUGACUAUGCAGAGAUUAUAGAUGAAGAAGACACUUACACAAUGCCCUCAAAAAGCUAUGGAAUAGAUGAAGCCAGAGAUUAUGAAAUUCAAAGGGAGAGGAUUGAGCUGGGGCGCUGCAUUGGGGAAGGACAGUUUGGAGAUGUGCACCAAGGAGUUUACAUCAGCCCGGAAAAUCCAGCUAUGGCUGUUGCAAUCAAAACGUGUAAAAACUGCACUUCAGACAGUGUUAGAGAAAAAUUCUUGCAAGAAGCCUUAACAAUGCGUCAGUUUGAUCACCCCCACAUCGUGAAGCUCAUUGGGGUUAUUACAGAAAACCCAGUCUGGAUAAUCAUGGAGCUCUGUACACUUGGAGAGCUGAGGUCGUUUUUGCAAGUCAGGAAGUACAGCUUGGACCUGGCCUCUCUGAUACUUUAUGCUUACCAGCUUAGCACAGCUCUUGCCUACUUAGAGAGCAAAAGAUUUGUACAUAGGGAUAUUGCUGCUAGAAAUGUGCUGGUGUCUACCACUGACUGUGUGAAAUUGGGUGACUUUGGUUUGUCCCGAUACAUGGAAGACAGUACUUACUACAAAGCUUCCAAAGGAAAAUUGCCCAUCAAAUGGAUGGCUCCAGAGUCCAUCAAUUUCCGACGGUUUACCUCAGCUAGCGAUGUCUGGAUGUUUGGUGUGUGUAUGUGGGAGAUCCUCAUGCACGGGGUAAAGCCCUUCCAGGGAGUGAAGAACAAUGAUGUGAUUGGGCGGAUUGAGAACGGUGAGCGGCUCCCAAUGCCUCCAAACUGCCCUCCCACCCUCUACAGCCUUAUGACCAAGUGCUGGGCCUACGACCCCAGCAGGAGACCCAGGUUUACUGAACUUAAAGCACAACUCAGUACAAUACUGGAGGAAGAGAAGCUGCAGCAAGAAGAACGAAUGAGAAUGGAAUCCAGGCGACAAGUCACGGUGUCCUGGGACUCAGGAGGAUCAGAUGAAGCUCCUCCCAAGCCCAGUAGACCUGGUUACCCCAGCCCCAGAUCCAGUGAAGGGUUUUAUCCAAGCCCACAGCAUAUGGUACAGCCAAAUCAUUAUCAGGUGUCUGGCUAUCCUGGUUCUCAUGGAAUACCAGCCAUGGCAGGCAGCAUUUAUCCUGGGCAGGCUUCUCUCCUGGAUCAAGCAGAUUCCUGGAACCAUCGGCCUCAGGAAAUAUCAGUGUGGCAACCAAACAUGGAGGAUUCAGGCACUUUGGACAUCCGGGGGAUGAGCCAGGUUCUGCCCACACACCUCAUGGAGGAGAGGUUGAUACGACAGCAGCAGGAGAUGGAGGAAGAUCAGCGCUGGCUCGAAAAAGAAGAACGAUUCCUGAAACCCGACAUGAGGCACUCCAGAGGCAGCAUCGACCGGGAGGACGGAGGUCUCCAGGGCCCUGCUGGUAACCAGCACAUAUAUCAGCCUGUGGGAAAACCAGAUCACGCAGCUCCGCCAAAGAAGCCUCCGCGCCCCGGAGCCCCCGGGCACCUGGGCAGCCUCGCCAGCCUCAACAGCCCUGUGGACAGCUACAACGAGGGAGUGAAGCCAUGGAGGAUUCAGCCGCAGGAGAUCAGCCCUCCUCCCACGGCCAACCUGGACCGCUCCAAUGACAAAGUCUACGAGAACGUCACGGGGCUGGUGAAGGCGGUGAUAGAAAUGUCCAGUAAAAUCCAGCCGGCCCCGCCCGAGGAGUACGUGCCCAUGGUGAAGGAGGUUGGUUUGGCACUAAGAACUUUACUGGCAACAGUAGAUGAGACCCUCCCAGUGCUCCCUGCAAGCACCCACAGAGAGAUUGAGAUGGCACAGAAGCUGCUGAACUCGGACCUGGCCGAGCUCAUCAACAAGAUGAAGCUGGCCCAGCAGUACGUCAUGACCAGCCUGCAGCAGGAGUACAAGAAGCAAAUGCUGACGGCUGCUCACGCCCUGGCUGUGGAUGCCAAAAACCUGCUGGAUGUCAUCGAUCAAGCCAGACUGAAAAUCAGCCAGUCCAGACCGCACUAAGCAUGAGGGAGGAGCAUCAUCAGCCUCGGAGUUCUGCUUGCGACAGGAUGUUCCUUCACCUUCCACCAGCAGUGAGGAUUAACCCAGUGCAGUCCUGGCCUUCCAGCGCCUCUGGCUUCAGCAGACCUGACCGAGCCCUCGGGUUCUCUCAUUGCAACAGUUUAACCAAGUCCCUCUGGUAGAGCCGAGCUGGGAUUCAGGCAGGGCAUUAUCAGCAGAUGAGGUUUGUACAGGAGCCCUCGGGCGCUCAGAGCUGGGGCACAGGGCAGGUCACUCCAUCGCAUGGGACACGCUUCGCACUGAGCUGCCACCAUUGAGCUGCCACCGGGGCACGGUCUCGGAGCCAAAACUGUUGGAGCAGCAGAUGGGAGAAAGAUAUUGUGAAGUGAAGAAUUCGGGGAAACCUCAGGGCUGAGAAUUCUUGCCCACAGUAUAUGAACUAUCCAGACUGGAAUUUUUUUUAUUAGAACACUUACGUCGCAAUAUGCUAAUCACGAUUUACAGAGAAAGAAUAAAAAGCUAUAUUUUCAAGACUUCAGUCAUUUCAAGACAAACUAAAGCCCUCUUCAUCUUCCUGCCUUUUACUUUUACGUGACUGUGUGAAGCAUUUGUUUGGAAAUAGCUGUAGGACACAACUGAACACUCGUCUUUUUCACCAGGAUAACGUGCCAGUUCUUUUGUAGCAAUGUUGUUUUCCUUGGAAGUGAAAAUGCUGCUUUGUACCAGAGCAAUUCAGAGCUGCAUUUAGAGAAGAUCUGUAACCAUUCAUGUCCCCCAUUUUUAUAUAAUUUAUAAAGACAGAUUAAAGCCAUGAUGACUAUUUUAAACCCACUGUAGUUAACUAACCCAUCCUUUUGUCUAUCUUGCCUGGGAGGAGUUACAGUAGAGAAUGUAAUUAGAUUUUCCUUGGUUUUCCAGUUAUGCCAUCUGUUCUGUUAAAAUAAAAACCACACUCCCUUUUUGCUGUUGAGGGAUAUAAAUUAUUCUCAGGAAGAAUAUAAUGAACUGUACAGUUACUUUGACCUAUUAAAAAGGUGUUACC